CUGAGGUGGUUUCUUACGGAUAGAAACUUGGAUUUUCUCGUGAAACAAAUGAAAUAAAACAUUAUUCCUAUUUAAUAUAUCCAGUGCAUUAACGUGUGUAACUUUCGGAAAAUUUUAAGCAAAAAAUGCAUCACCAAUUCACCAAACAAGACAAAAAGGGAAAACUGAGGAGUAAGGAGUUGAAUUAGCAGGGAAGAGAGAGAGAAAGAUGAGCAAUCAUGGCGAUGGAGCUGGUGGUAUGACGUUAUUAGUAUAUGUAGAGAAUCUAGUGAUAAUAGUAAGCUUAGUUAUAUUUGCUGGUCUGAUGGCUGGUCUGACCCUCGGUCUCAUGUCUCUCGCUCUUGUUGACCUUGAAGUCCUCAUCAAGGCUGGCCGUCCUCAGGAUCGUAUCCACGCUGCGAAAAUAUUUCCAGUGGUAAAGAAUCAGCAUCUCCUGCUCUGUACUCUUCUUAUUGGGAACUCUUUGGCAAUGGAGGCUCUUCCCAUAUUUUUGGAUAAACUUGUCCCCCCAUGGGCUGCAAUUGUGAUAUCAGUAACUCUGAUUCUUAUGUUUGGUGAGAUAUUGCCACAGGCAGUUUGCACACGCUAUGGGCUAGUGGUUGGAGCUACAUUGGCACCCUUUGUUCGUGUAUUACUUUGGUUAUUUUUCCCCAUUUCUUAUCCAAUUAGUAAGGUUCUAGACUGGAUGUUGGGCAAGGGACAGACUGCACUCUUACGAAGAGCUGAGCUUAAAACUUUUGUUAAUUUUCAUGGGAAUGAGGCUGGGAAAGGUGGGGAUUUAACACAUGAUGAGACUACUAUCAUAACAGGUGCACUUGAAAUGACUGAGAAGACUGCAAAGGAUGCCAUGACCUUGAUAUCGAAGGCAUUUUCCCUUGAUCUGGAUGCAACUCUUAAUUUGGAAACACUUAAUGCUAUUAUGGCAAUGGGACACAGUAGAGUUCCUGUUUAUUAUCAAAACCCAUUGAACAUAAUCGGAUUAGUCCUGGUUAAAAAUCUUUUAGGUGUUGACCCUGAUGAAGGAGUGCCUCUAAGAAAGAUGACCAUUAGAAAAAUUCCCAGGGUUCCUGAAAGCAUGCCACUGUAUGACAUCCUGAACCAGUUUCAGAAGGGCCACAGUCACAUUGCCGUUGUUUACAAGGAUUUAAAUCAGACAAAUGGAAAGCCUCUGGAUGAGCAUGAUAGUUCAGGUAGUGAUGUAGUCCAGCCAAAGGCGACAGAUGUGUAUGCACUUACUAAUGAUGGUGGAGUUCAGAAAGUGCAAAAAAUUCCUGUUACUACAACCCUCAAACGACAUAAAGGUUGCUCCUUCUGUAUUUUGGAUGUUGAGAACGUGCCUAUUCCAGAAUUUCCUCCUAAUCAAGUUGUGGUUGGUGUGAUUUCCAUGGAAGAUGUAAUUGAAGAACUGCUCAAGGAGGAAAUUUUGGAUGAAACUGAUGAAUAUGUAAACAUCCACAAUCGGAUCAAAGUCAACAUGAAUGCAUCGCAUGAGCAGCUUCCUGGCAUAAGUUCUGAACAACCUUCUUGAGAUACCUCAUCUACUACUUGCGCACAACAGUAGUGACUGGCUUAAAUAGGACCGCGAUGAGUAAAGCUUCUGAGGCGGAUGUGUUCAGGGAAAGAUAAUACUGUAAAUUAGUGAGAUGUAUCAGGUGAUUGAAUUUCUUUUUGUCGCUGCAUGUUUAUAUGAAAAUGGUGCUCCAAAAUUUACCGAAGAGAAUGUAAUGCAAGUAUGAAUGGUAAUCUCUGAUUGUAGAUACGCUCUUCUUUGAACAAUUGUACUAGAACUUGUAUUUUUAUGAUAUAUAAUUUGUAUCGUAAAAGACAGAAACACAUGUA